AAUAGUAAAACAGGGGCAGCCAAGUAGCCAACAACCAAAACCCCAGCCGCAGAACGGAAACGGAAACUUCUGUGCCCGCGCCCGUACACGGCUCUUGCCUCCAUGGCCUCCACGGCGGCGGCGGCAGCGGCGGCGCCGGUGGUGAUGGUGACGAACGACGACGGCAUCGACGCGCCGGGGCUCCGCUUCCUCGUCGACCAGCUCGUCGCCCAGGGGCGCUACCGCGUCCUCGUCUGCGCGCCCGACACAGACAGGUCGGGCGUUAGCCACUGCAUUACAUGGCGUUCUGCACUUCGCUGUAAACAUGUCAAUAUCAAUGGUGCUACAGCAUUUGGAGUUUCAGGAACUCCCGCUGACUGUGCCUCUUUGGGCAUCUCUGGGAAGCUCUUUGAUGGUUUGGUUCCUGAUUUGGUGCUUAGCGGAAUCAACAUUGGCAAUAAUUGUGGAUUACAUGUUGUAUAUUCUGGAACAGUUGCUGGUGCUAGGGAGGCAUUUAUAUAUGGGAUUCCUGCAUUAUCUAUGUCAUACAAUUGGGUUGCUGGUCAGAGCAGUGUUAAUGACCUCAAAGUGGCUGCAGAGGUUUGUAUCCCUCUGAUAAAUGCUGUCAUGCUCGAGAUCAAGAGUGGAACCUACCCUAAAGGAUCAUUCCUGAAUAUAGAUGUGCCAUCUGAUGCUGCACACCACAAGGGAUACAAAAUUACAAAGCAAGGAAAAUAUAUGGCCAGAAUUGGAUGGGAGCAAACAGUCUACCAAAAGCCUUCCGUAGAAAGUUACCAGACGGCAAGCAUGGUUAUUGACGGUGAAAAGGACAGAGAUAUAGACACUUCAUCGGCGAAUGACCUACUGUUUAAAAGAGUGAUAGUAAAGAGAAGUUAUGAUGAAGAGGAAGGGGAGGACAUGGACUACAAAUCCCUUGCAGAUGGAUAUAUUACUGUUACUCCUUUGGGUGCUCUCUCCCGCGCAGAAGCAGAUGUCAUACCCUACUACAAGGCUUGCUUGUCUCGCAUUUGAAGAUGUUCAUCUUCCUCAUCCCUCUAUGUUGGCAAGCAUGCUAUUUGGGAGGCUGGCCAAACUGAACCUACGGAUGUCAUCGCCUGUAAAUUGCGAAUAAAUCGAUCUGUGACAUUCUUGUUGACUUGACCCCUAUGCUGCAUUUGCCAUGUUAUGUAUUGCUGUGAUUAUCUUGGCAGCCUCGAACAACUCUAGCUAUUCGUAACCGUGGUUUUCAGUAUUAGUGGGAGACUGUUUCUUUUUUUGAAAUGACA